CAGCCUGAAGGCAGUACCCCUGGGGAGGCCCCGCAGAAGGGCGAAGCUUAGCCUCCCGUUCCCACUGAGGCUCCCACAUCAGGGUGGGGGUGGGAACGCGCGGGGUUGUGGGCGGGGGCAUCUAGAGCUUCGGUCGCCAGCUGUCUGCACAGCACAGCUUUCUGCAAAGCUCCACCAGAAGGAAAAAUAGCGCCGUGGUGUCCCCGGAAUACACAGAAUAUGCAAGCUGGUGGCUUAAGGGAGCAGGCAGCCCGUUGGCUUGUCAGUGAGAGCAGAGAUCCUGCCGUCCACUCCCCAAGGGAGCUUUUCUUCUGGGCGAGGCGACCAGAGCUGUGCCAAUGCACCCUCCAGUGGUUCACGCAAGCAGGGCUGGCGCUGCAAAUUCAGUGCUACCAGUGUGAAGAAUUCCAGCUAAACAAUGACUGCUCAUCCCCUGAGUUCAUCGUAAAUUGCACCGUGAAUGUUCAAGACAUGUGUCAGAAAGAAGUGAUGGAGCAAAGUGCAGCUUGAUGAAGAAACAUGGGCAACCUGGCUACAGAAAUGGCUCAGUUGCUAAAAGCACUUGCCGUGGAAGCAUUCAGCUCUCUGGCGGCUGUGGGAGCACUGGAUGGACGUGAGGAGACCCUGUAAGACCAGCCUUGGCAUGUGGAUACGGGGAUCCCAGAGCAACAUCGCCAGUGUUACUAGCCACAUCAGCGAGCUCUGGGUUUGACUGAGAGGCCUUGUCUCAGUGAGUAAGGGGAAAGUUAACAAGGACGGUCCUUGACACCAAAUUCGGGCCUCCACAUGCAAACACAUAAUGUCCCCACAUAGGCGCCAACAUACUUACACAAGCACGAAUGCGUAUAUAUGCACGAGACCCUCCCACAGACACAAAAAUGGAAAAACAAAGUUUUGACAGGCAAGAACAAAUGUAGUCAUUAGCCACAGCCCAUGUUUAAUGUGAGUCUAGCCACUGAAAUGACAGAAGCUGUAUAUUUAAUUUAAAUUUCUCAAUCACAUUGAAAGUUAAAAAAAAAAAAAAGACAGGUAUCAGUGGCAAUUUUUGCAAUGCUGCAUGACUCCACACACACAGCUGGAUUAGUGUGCAAGUGAAAUAGAGAAUCAUUAUGAAAAUCAUUACAAAAAUUAUUGAUUGGCUACUUUUUAAUCCUCCCCACCCCCAUGCUAAAUCCCCACUGUGCCUUUUGCAGAUAGGUACAGUCAUUCCCAAGGAGCCUCUCAAGUAGCCUGCAUUUGCAACACUACCCAGCACUUCUGUGUCUGACUGGAUUUCUGAAUCUGUACCCCUGACCAUAGUGUAGACUCUGCUUUGCCACCCUCUCCCUAGAAACUCCCUGUAAACAUGACGGUCAAAUUGUUCAAAAUCUACAUUAUUCUGGAAGUACAGAAACGUCCUCUGCAUGUCUCAUCCCACGCUCUGUCUCUCUGGAUUGCAUAAAUCAUGCUGACUGUCUGGCAGAGCUUUUGGCAUACCCUUCCCUCACCUCAACUGGAGGUGAGAAAAAUGGCUGCCACUUUGUCUGUUUCAGAAGAUAAUUUUGUUAUGAGAAAAUGGAGUGUUUGGCCUACAGGUGCCACCACUGGCAGUCUGAGGCUGUGCCCAUGGGAAUUAUGAGAGUUGAGUUAGCCUUUCUAGAACAAGAGCCAACCAGCCCCUUUGUGUAAAAUUUGUCACUUCACAAUGACAGGUAAUUGCUCAUUGUUACAUUUAGAAAAAAAAAAGUUGUUCUUUUCCACGAUACACUGUUGAGAAUAAAUACCAGACCAUGUCCAGAGGUAACUUUCUAUUCUGGCUGUUUGAAAUUGUUUCAACUCCAGUCCCAGCUACUCUAUAGCUAACACAAUGCUUUAAAGUCUUAUUCAUGGCUUAAUGGAGUGCAUUAAAGAUUUGACUAAAUUUAUGUUUGGCUGCAAUCAAUUUAGACUUGUGUAUUACAUUUGGGGGAAAAAAUCUAUAGUGCUUUCGUCUGUGGUGCAGCGUGGAGCCCACAUUUAAACAGCGUGAGUAUGAACUUGAAUGAAGAUCAGCAAACUGAACCCUCUCACGUAGAGCAGGUAAACUGUCUUAACUGGAUUAUUGAUAGGCUGGUAUUAUACCCCAGACAGCACUGCACUCUGGGUUUUCAAAUGCCUUCAUAUCUUAUCUGCUUCUCUGCAUAAAGCACUUCUGGUUUUGUUCUUCCAUCACCACAAUAAAGUGACA